AGCCGCCGGGGCCGGGGAUGGUGGCGGGGGCGGCCGGAGCGGGGCGGCGGCUCCGGGAGCCCUGACGGAGCCUCCACCAUGAGCGUGAGGCCUCCGCAGGCCCCGGACAGGUUGAGCAGCCUCUCCUCUUCCCUGAGCGAUUCCCCUUCGGAGCGAAGGUCCCCCGGCCACCACCGGCAGCCCUCGGACACCUCAGAAUCCACAGGGCUGGUGCAGCGCUGUGUGAUCAUCCAGCGGGACCAACAUGGCUUCGGCUUCACCGUCAGCGGCGACCGCGUCGUGCUCGUGCAGUCCGUGCGGCCAGGUGGGGCUGCCAUGAGGGCGGGGGUGCAGGAGGGUGACCGGAUCGUCAAGGUGAACGGGACGAUGGUGACCAACAGCUCCCACCUAGAAGUGGUGAAGUUGAUCAAGUCCGGCGCCUAUGUGGCCCUGACCCUGCUGGGAUCCCCCCCUGGAUCCGGGGGAAUUACGGGAUCCCAGCAGGAGCCGGAACCCUCGGGAUGUCCCCAACGCAUCACCGAGCCCAGGCCACUCCAGGACCCGGAGGUGCAGCGUCACGCGGCGCAGAUCCUGCGCAACAUGCUGCGCCAGGAGGAGGCCGAGCUGCAGCGUUUCCAGGAGCUGCUGCUGCGGAAUCCGGGCGCGGCCGUGGAGGAGCAGCUGGAGGGAGCCCGGCGCCGCCUCAGCCAGCUCCAGCUGAAAAUCCUGCAGGAGUCCCAGGGAUCCGCGGAUUCAGGCUCCCGGCCGCUCCCGGGGGAGAUUCUCCAGAUCCCGGGCUCGGCCUCGGGCUCCCCGCAGCUCCCCGGACGAUUUUCCAGGGAGUCCCAGGAUGGGGAGGCAGGGCUGGAAUCCAGUCCUGGAGAGGGAUCCCAGGUUCGGAAUUCCGGCUUUUCCCAGCCCGGCAGCCCCCGAAGCUCCCCCACAGAUCAGGGAUCAGGGAGGCCCCAAAUCAUCGGCCCCGAGGAGGAUUGUGAGCCGGGAUGUGCCAGCAAUGAGAGCGAUUCUGUGUUCCAGGAUUUGGGAAUUCUCAAAUCCCGCCCAGCUCAUUUGGGAGUUUUCCUCAGGUUCCUCUUCUCCCAGGCCGAUCCCACUCCUCUGCUGUUCCACCUGUGCUCCGAGGUUUGCUGCCAGCAGAGCAAUCCCAAGGAUUCCCGAGCCUUGGGAAGAGACAUCUGGAAUGUUUUCCUGGACAGGAGCGCGCCCCUCCGGGUGAAGGUGUCAGAGCAGCUCCUGGUGGAGAUCGAAAUCCGCCUCCGGAGCGGCGAGGAUCUGCGGCCAGCCCUGCUGGAAGCUCAGGAAUUCGUUCUCCCGGAAAUCCAGGAGCAGCUCCAGGAUUACAGGACCAAGCGCACGCUGGGCCUGGGCAGUUUGUACGGGGAGAACGAGCUGCAGGAGCUGGAGCUCGGGAACGCCCAGCGGGAUCCGCGGGAAUUCCGGGAUCGGGAGCGCACGGUGGCCGAGCGGCAGCUGGGGCAUCUGGGGGACAUCCUCUCCAAGUACGAGGAGGAGCGGAGCUCUCCCAUGGCCUUCGCCCUCAGCACCUUUAUGGCGCACGCCGGGAUCCGGCUGCGGGAAAACCGGGAAUUCCGGGAAUUCCGCAAUCCCGGAGCCUCCGAGAAAAUCCCGGACAAGGACAAGUGGCUGCCCUUCUUUCCCAAGGCCAAAAAGAGCAGCAGCUCCAAGAAGGAGAAGGAGCAGAGGCAGAACCCGAUCCUGAAAUACAUCGGGAAACCCCGGAGCUCCUCCCAGAGCACAUUUCAUGUCCCCCUGUCCCCUGUAGAAGCAGUGAAGCCGGGCAAUGUCCGGACCAUGAUCCAGCACUUUGAGAACAGCCACGGGGAGCUCCCGGAUCCCGGCUCCCAGCGCCUCUCCACCGGCAGCAUUCCCGAGGAUCUGCUGGAGUCUGACAGCUCCCGCUCCGAGGUGCGCCUGGGCCGCUCGGAGAGCCUGAAGGGCCGGGAGGAGCUGCGGCGCUCCCGGAGAUCCGAGCUGGUCCCCAGAUCCCGCAGCGACGUGGACAUGGAGAGCGGGAACAGCGGGAACAACAGCGGGAACGAGACCCCGCGGCUGCACUCGGCAUCGUCCUCCGCCUCCAGCCUCUCCAACAGAUCCCUGGAAAAUCCCACUCCCCCCUACACGCCAAAGAUGGGGCGCAGGAGCAUGGACUCUCCCAGCCUGGGCUUCGGAGCCGAUCCUUUCCUCCCUCACCUCCUGGAGGACGAGCAGGGCCCUGGCCCCGACCUGGAGCCAGAUCUCGAAUCCCAGAAUUCCCAGAAUUCCCAAACCUGGCAGCAGAAUUCCCCGAAUUCCCAGAGCUGGCAGCACUCCGUGAGCCGGGAGCUGGUGGCCAACCUGUCCCAGCGGGAGGUGGAUCGGCAGGAGGUCAUCAACGAGCUGUUCAGCACGGAGUUCUCCCACCUGCGCAUCCUGCGCGUUCUGGACCUGCUCUUCUACCAGGGCCUGCGCCGGGAGCAGCUGCUGAGCCGCGAGGAGCUGGGGCUGCUCUUCCCCAACCUGCCCGACCUCAUCGGUGUCCACAAUUCCCUCUGGGAAUCCAUGAAAAAACUCCGGGAAGAGGGGCCCAUCAUCCGCCACAUCGGGGACCUGCUGCUGGCCCGGUUUGACGGCACUGCCAAGGAGGAAUUCCAGAGGGUGGCAGCCACGUUCUGCUCGUGCCAGUCCAUCGCGCUGGAGCUGAUCCGCACCAAGCAGCGCAAGGAGAGCAGAUUCCAGCUUUUCAUGCAGGAGGCUGAGAGCAACCCGCAGUGCCGGCGGCUGCAGCUGAAGGAUUUGAUCGUGUCGGAGAUGCAGCGGCUCACCAAGUACCCGCUGCUGCUGGAGAGCAUCAUCAAGUGCACCGAGGCGGGCUCCGCGGAGCAGGAGAAGCUGUGCCGGGCGCGGGAUCAGUGCCGGGACAUCGUGCGCUUCGUCAACGACGCCGUGCGGGGAGCGGAGAACCGGCGGCGCCUGCAGGAGCACCAGAGGCGCCUGGACACCACGGCCCUGGAGAGAACCAGCAACCCGCUGGCCGCCCAGUUCCGGAACCUGGACCUGACCUUGCACCGGAUGAUCCACGAGGGGCCCCUGGCCUGGAGGGUGGGCAAGGACAAGAGCGUGGAGCUGCAUGUGGUGCUGCUGGAGGAGCUGCUGGUGCUGCUGCAGCGCCAGGACGAGCGGCUGGUGCUCAAGUGCCACAGCAAGGGCGGCCUGGGCGCCUCCGACACCAAGCAGAGCUUCAGCCCCGUGCUCAAACUCAGCUCCCUGCUCGUGCGCUCCGUGGCCACGGACAAACGGGCACUGUUCAUCAUCUGCACCUCCGAGCUGGGACCCCAAAUCUACGAACUGGUGGCGCUGACGUCCUCGGAGAAGAACACGUGGAUGGAGCUGCUGGAGCAGGCUGUCCAAGGGGCCACCAGGAGCGUCGCAGGGCCACCAAAACGGCACCAGAGCGAGGCCAGCGCCGGCUCCGGGCUGGAGCUGCCGGAGCCCGCGGUGUCCCCAGAGCUGGCCCGAGGCACCGAGCCCGAGGCUGAGCCCGAGGAGCGUCCCUUAGCUGGCCGUGUCCCCGAUUCCUCAGGCAGGGCCCAGCCCCUGCGGGAGCUGCCGGAGCCACCAGGGGACCCUGAGCACAUCCUGGGAAUUCCUGAGCCCAUCCCAGGGGUCCCCAAAUCCCUGGGAAGCACUGGAGUGGCCGAGGCAGCACUGGAGGAUGUGGAGACCCUGCGGCUCCUGAUUGUCCGAAGGCUCCGGCCAGGCCGUGAUCCCGAUCCCGAGGACGACGUCACUCCCACGGCCUCGGGCCAGGGCUGGAAUUCUGGAGCGUCCGGCCGGGAAUUCCACACAUCCAGUUGGGAUUUGCCCAUGACCAGCCGGGAUUUUCCAGUGUCCAGUUGGGAUUCGGCCAUGUCCAGCCGGGAUUCGGCCAUGUCCAGCCGGGAAUUCCCAGUGUCCAGCCAGGAUUUUUCAGUGUCCAGUCGGGAAUUCCCAAUGUCCAGUCAGGAUUCAGCAAUGUCCAGCCGGGAUUCAGAGAUGUCCAGUCAGGAAUUCCCCAUGUCCAGCCAGGAUUCAGUGAUGCCCAGUCGUGAAUUCCCAAUGUCCAGUCGGGAUUCAGAGAUAUCCAGUCAGGAAUUCCCCAUGUCCAGCCAGGAUUCCCAGGAGCCGGACGGGCUGGAGUCCAGUGGGAUCCAAAUCAACCGGAAAGCCCAGGAGGAGGGGCCGGAGGAGGUCACGCCCCCAAGCAGCUGCAGCCAAUCAGAGCCCAAGCUGAGGGAAGGAGGCGGAGCCAGCACCGAGGGGAAUUUUUUCUACUUGAGCCUCCCCACGGGACCCCCCCAGCCAGGAGGGGACAACCCUGGGGACAUCGGGGACACCCUCGGAGACACGGAGCUGAUCCUGGGAACCCUGGAGGAGCUGCGAGGGAAACUGCUGAGGCUGAGGAGGCGCCGUGUGGCCGAGCUGCUGGCCAGUGCCAUCCCUGAGGACGAGGCGCUGCUGCUGCGUGAUGGCAGGCUGGCGUGCUCACUGUGUCCCCACCGGCCAGUGUGUGACACUCUGGAGAUGCUGCUGCUGCAUAGGGCGGGCAGGAAGCACCUGGACAGCCUGCAGCGUUCCUAUGGCCGGCACCGCUGGCUCCAGGUGACCCCGCAGGGACCCCAGGUGACGCCGCAGGAGGCUCCGGGCGUGGCCCCAGGUGUGCAGGCGCCUCUGCUGGCCCGCACCCGUCGCAUCGCCCGGAGCGCGCUCCUGAAAUCCGCUCCCUACAGCAGCUGCUGCCGGAAACCCGCGAUGAAGGGCAGCAGCUCCCCAGCCAGUAUCUCUGGGAUGAUCCCAAAAAAAUUCCAGGAGCCGUCCUGUAAUUCUGGGAAUACUGAAACCCCCUGCCCUACAUACACAGAGGGUGUUCCCAAGGAAAGGAAAUCAGAAAGGAAAGGAAAUUCCCGAUUUUCUGACGGGCCGAACCCGGAGCGCCUGCGGAUCCUGAGGCACCACCUGCACCUGCGCAGCCGGGGCUGGCUCCAGGAUCCCGCUGGGAACUGGGUGAAGGACAGGAACGCUGAGUUCGACUCUGACGAGGAGGAGCCGCCACCGCUGCCACCGGCCUGAUGUCCCCAAGUGUCCCCAGAUAUCCCCAGACCCUCAGGAAUAAAGUGGGAAUUUU